UUAUCGACUCCUCUGUAGCGGAGGCUUUGCGGCCUGUGAGCGGGCCGAGGAGACAGGCGGCGGUGUCGCCGGCGUUUUCUUUGGCGGGUGCCAGGGCUGGUGGGAGCAGCCGCCCGAGGAAAGCACCAUGAUUUCGGCCGCGCAAUUGUUGGAUGAGUUAAUGGGCCGGGACCGAAACCUCGCCCCGGACGAGAAGCGCAGCAACGUGCGGUGGGACCACGAGAGCGUAUUCCUGAAUUUUAGGUGAAAAAAUGUUUAUGACAGUUGAAGUAGAAGUCCCUGUCAUCAGAUACCAGACUGACUCUUGCCAAGAUGAUGAAUUUUAAAUGCCAGUAUUUAGGUCUGUAAAUAUUAUCUCUGUGGUUUUUGUCCUGCGGAAUUGUUCACAAACACUCGUUCUGAUCUUGAAGGAUACAGCCAGAUGUUUUUCCCCAGGCAGAAGAGAAGAGGAUUCUUUAGAGAAAGUGAACAGUUCCUGAGAAGUGAUCUACAGGACCAUGUGAAAAAAUACAUGAUGAAAAUCUACGAAAGCAGUAUGAGAAGAGUUCCCGAUUUAUGAAAGUUGGCUACGAGAGAGAUUUUCUGCGAUAUUUACAGAGUUUACUUGCAGAAGUAGAACGUAGAAUUAGACGAGGCCACGCUCGUUUGGCAUUAUCUCAAAACCAGCAGUCCUCUGGGGCAGCUGGCCCAACGGGAAAAAAUGAAGAAAAAAUUCAGGUUCUAACAGAUAAAAUUGAUGUACUCCUGCAGCAGAUUGAAGAAUUAGGAUCUGAAGGAAAAGUAGAAGAAGCCCAGGGAAUGAUGAAAUUAGUUGAACAGUUAAAAGAAGAGAGAGAGUUGCUUAGAUCUACAACCUCGACAAUUGAAAGUUUUGCUGCCCAAGAAAAACAAAUGGAAGUCUGUGAAGUGUGUGGAGCCUUUCUGAUAGUAGGAGAUGCCCAGUCCCGGGUAGAUGACCAUUUGAUGGGAAAACAGCACAUGGGCUAUGCCAAAAUUAAAGCUACUGUAGAAGAAUUAAAAGAAAGGUUAAGAAAAAGAACCGAAGAACCUGAUCGUGACGAGCGUUUAAAAAAGGAGAAGCAAGAACGAGAAGAAAGAGAAAAAGAGCGGGAGAGAGAAAGGGAAGAAAGAGAAAGGAAAAGACGAAGAGAAGAGGAAGAAAGAGAAAAAGAAAGGGCCCGAGACAGAGAGAGAAGAAAGAGAAGUCGUUCACGAAGUAGGCACUCAAGCCGAACUUCUGACCGAAGAUGCAGCAGGUCUCGGGACCACAAAAGAUCACGAAGUAGAGAAAGGCGGAGAAGCAGAAGUAGAGACCGACGAAGAAGCAGAAGCCAUGAUCGAUCAGAAAGAAAGCAUAGAUCUCGUAGUCGGGAUCGUAGAAGAUCAAAAAGCCGGGAUCGAAAAUCAUAUAAGCAUAGGAGCAAAAGUCGGGACAGAGAACAAGAUAGAAAAUCCAAGGAGAAAGAAGAUAAGAUUAUUGGACUGACUACUAGUCCUCUACGGGGCAACAAGACGACUCUUCCUCAUUGAAGCUACCUGUGCACCGGAGAAGCCCAUAAGGCACAAAGGGAGGACUUUCCCACAAG